GACACAUCUUAGGCUCCGCCAAAGGCGCUGGAAGGAGCCAUGUGGGCGCUGCGUCGAGCCAGCCCUGCGCUGGUCACCGCAGCAGCUGCAAAGCUACACUCAGAUCGCCGUGGGCGCAGGGAGCUCUCCGCGCCAAGCCGCUGCGAGUCUCUACAGGCCGCUGCACAGCUGAUCCUGCGGGAUUCCGUCCAGUAUGCCGAGCUCAAUGGGCUCCUCUAUGGCCUCAAGGACCCGGGGGCGGACCAAAGCGCGGCCACGCAGACCCCGGUGGCCAUGCUGCCCUUUUGCAUCCCGGAGAAAGCCUUUCAGGAUUGCGUGGCACUCAGCCCAUUGUGGAACAAGUUGGUGGAUGCAGUAGCGCGGGACGUCAAGUGGCUGCAUGCGACCUUGGAGACGGUAGCGAAAGCCGACCCCUUCACUGGCCGGCUCCUGAAAAUCUCCAAGCAGAUACACGAGGAGGGGCUGCGGCAGCCCCUGAUGUUGGGCAUCCACCGCUCGGACUACAUGCUCCACUCCGGAGCCGAGCCCCGGUGCUUGCAGGUGGAGCUGAACACCAUCGCCUCCUCGAUGGGCUGCCAUGCCUUCCACGUGGAGAAGCUUCACCGCUUCGUGCUGGGACGCUUCCAGGAAGGCGCCGUGGGGCGCGCCAUCCGCGGCCACUACGGAGAUCUGAAGGGCGAUGAUCUGACCAAGCGGUUGCCACGGAACGUGACGCUGGAGGCGAUCCCUGCUGCCUUGAGCCGGGCGCAGGCGGUGUACAAGGCGCAGACAAAAGGCGCGAAGGACCCCGUGGUGCUUUUCGUGGUGAACGACGAUGGCCGGAACUUUGCCGACUGGUGCUUCCUGGAGUACGCCUUGUGGGAGGUGCACAACGUGCGGGUGCUGAAGAAGAGCCUUAAAGAGGUAGCAGAGAAGGCCUCCAUGGACAAGGAGGGCCGUCUUUGGUUGGAGGAGGAGGAGGUGGCGGUGUCUUACUUCCGGGCAGGGUAUGGGCCCGAGGACUACCCCAGCGAGGUGGAGUGGAGCGCGCGGCUGCUGCUGGAGCGCUCCGCCGCUGUGAAGUGCCCCUCGGUGGACUACCAGCUCGUCGGGGCCAAGAAGGUCCAACAAGCGCUGGCGCGACCAGGCGCGGUGGAGAGGUUCUUGGGCCCAGACAGCGCCAAGCUGCGGGGCUGCUUCGCCGGGCUUUGGGGGCUGGGCCCGGGGGAGGACGACCAGGCGAUUGUGAAGCUGGCCUGCGAAAAACCGGAGGGCUUUGUGCUGAAGCCCCAGCGUGAGGGCGGCGGACACAACUUCUAUGGCAAAGAUGUGGCGGUGAAGCUCAAGGAGCUGUCGCCGCAGGAGCGGUCUGCCUACAUCUUGAUGCAGCGGAUCUUGCCGGGCCUCCAGGAGUCGGUGAUGACACGCCAGGGCCAGCUGAAGGUCAUGGAGUGCUUGUCGGAGUUUGGCUUCUACUCCGUGUACCUGGGCGAUGGCAGGACGGCCCACCUCUCGGCGCACGCGGGGCACCUGGUGCGCACCAAGGCCCAAGGCGUGGACGAGGGCGGGGUGGCGGCGGGCUACGCGGUGAUCUCCAGCCCCUUCCUCACGAGCUGAGCGAGCGCCCGGGAGGCGAGGCGAGGUGCGGGGCGAGGCGCGGCCCGUACUACGUCUUAUCUUUCUUUUCUUUCUUACUUUUUGUUGUUGUUUUUUGCGGU